AUGUCUCAAGUCGAACCGAGUCAAACUCCGGUUGAGGUUUCUGAUGAGGACACUGCCUCUGUCGCCUCCAUUACAAUACAGCCCGUCGCAUCACCCACGCCAGAGACUUCCACGAGAAUGGAUGGCGCUGCCAACGGGACACCUUCCAGAAAGCUGUCAACGACAUCUACAGCGGGGCAAAAUAAUCUAAGGUCCACUAUAAGUCUCGUAAAGGCCACCUUCGAGGCUGUUUUACAACAGAAGGACAUAAAGAAACACGCCAAUGUUCAAAAGUCUAUUGAACGAAGCACCAAGCAUUUGGACGAAAGCUUGGCGAGCACGAACAAUGACCCUAAGUAUUUGAACUCGAUUGUUGUUUUUGAGCCCCUCAGGCUCUGCUGCAUGACAAAGUCAACGCAUAUGACGGUCAGCGCUCUCGACUGCCUCUCCAAACUGUUCUCCUUCCAAGCACUGGACGGUUCCACCAUGGUCAAUCCACCCAAUUCUAUGGCUUCUAAUGACCAGAGCGAUGCCUCGAAUGCAGGCAUCACACCUCCUCCCAAACAACGUCUCAUAGACGCCGCCAUUGACACCAUCACAGACUGCUUUGAAGGCGAGGGCACUGAUUCCCGUGUGGAACUUCAAGUUUUGCGUGCCCUCGCAAGCUGCAUUCUCACCGACACAUCUGCCACUGUUUGCCAUGGCCAGUCCUUGCUCAAAGCCAUUCGGCAAAUCUACAACAUCUUUAUCUAUUCACUGAGCUCCUCUAAUCAAGGUAUUGCACAGGCCACCUUGACCCAAGUUGUCAAUCUGGUUUUCGACAAAGUCGGAGGCAGCUUGACGUUGGCGCCUGUCCUCUAUAGCUCGAACUCACGCUCAACUUUGCCCGCAUUGGUUUCAGAGAAUUCCAUCACCCCACUUACGCUACAAAACCUCGAGAAUUUGAAUACAGAGCAAGAAAGAAUUGUUGAUGAGCAGCAGGAUGAGCUUGAGGAUGAGAAGGCCCUUCUCAUAAAGGACGCCUUUUUGGUGUUCAGAGCUAUGACCAAAAUAUCCGCUAAGCCUCUCGAAGAUGACACCGACAUGAGAUCCCAUGCUGUUAGAUCUAAACUGCUGUCAUUGCAUAUCAUUCAUUCAAUUAUCCGUGAUCACAUCGAUAUUUUUCUAUCUCAAGAUAUUAUAAUACCGGGAAAGGAUCAAACGUCCUUAGUGAAUUCCAUCAGGCAGUAUUUGUGUCUUCUACUAUCACGCAAUGCCGCCUCUCCCAUCUCUCCCGUCUUUGAAGUAACGUUAGAAAUAAUGUGGCUAAUGAUUUCAAACUUAAGGUCAGAAUUCAAAAGAGAAAUUCCAGUCUUUCUGACAGAGAUCUACUUCCCAAUUUCCGACCUAAAAUCCUCUACCUCUCAUCAGAAAAGAUACUUUUUGAGUGUUAUCCAACGUAUCUGUAACGACCCCAGAACUUUGAUCGAGUUCUACCUUAACUACGACUGUGACCCACAUCUACCGAACGUUGUUGAGAUUAUUGUUGACUAUUUAACAAGAAUGGCUUUAACGAGAGUGGAAAUAUCUCCUUCGCAAAGAGCAUACUACGACGAGCAACGCUCCAAGCCCUUGGCGACCUACAAUUUGGCACAGCUACCCCUCCUAUCGACCUCUAACUUGUCGUCUUCGAACGCUUCCGAAAACCUGAAUUUUCCCGUAGAGUUUGCGCUGAAGAUGAGAUCGCUAAGUUGUAUGGUAGCUGUUUUAAGAUCUUUGAGUUCAUGGGCUCACAAAGCGAUGAAUUCAAAUGGCCCAAAUGCCCAAUAUUCCCAUGCGAGAACUAGGUCUACAUCUACAUUUGCUGCUGCAAAUGGUAGAAAGACACUUUCUCCUGGUAGCUCAUCUACUGAUGUCAAUGGCGAUGGGAACGGCCUUUCACAAACAGAUUCCAUCAAUCAGUCUCAAAAUGAGGUCACUCAAGAGGCUGAUGAUCCUGCGCAGUUUGAGAACUUAAAACUUCGGAAAACAGAGUUACAGGAUUGCAUCAACAUCUUCAACUACAAGCCCAAGAGAGGUCUCAAGGAGUUGAUAGAAAGAAAAUUCAUUACUGAUGAUACCCCUCCCUCAAUUGCCAAGUGGCUACUAGAAACAGACGGGCUCGAUUUGGCCGCUGUGGGGGACUACCUUGGGGAGGGAGACGAUAAAAACAUUGCUGUGAUGCACUGUUUUGUGGAUUACUUCAAUUUCAAAAAUCUAUCCCUUGUAGACUCAUUGAGAGUCUUUUUACAAAAGUUUAGACUGCCAGGCGAGGGGCAAAAAAUUGAUCGCUUCAUGCUCAAGUUUGCGGAGAGAUUCGUCGACCAAAAUCCUGGGCAAUUUUCUAAAGCGGAUACUGCGUAUGUCCUAUCAUACUCCAUUAUAAUGCUGAAUACGGACCUGCACUCUUCCCAGAUUAAGAACAAAAUGACUUUGCAGGAAUUCAUAGAAAACAAUGCCGGGAUUGACAAUGGAAACGAUGUCUCCGAAGAGUAUAUGGUAAAGCUGUUCAACGAAAUCGCAGAAAAUGAAAUCAAACUACAAUCGGAACAGCAUCAGGCCAUGCUCUCUGGUGACGUGAGUACUAGUCACCAACAACCAUCUGCAUUUAGCUUUUUCAGCAGUCGUGAUUUGAACAGGGAGGCAUACAUGCAAGUUUCGAAAGAGAUUUCUUCAAAGACCGAGCUGGUAUUCAGAAACUUACCCAAGAACAAGGGCAAUGAAAGUGUUGUUUACCACGCCGCUUCCCACAUCGAGCAUGUGAAAUCUGUCUUCGACACACUAUGGAUGUCCUUCUUGGCUGCCUUGACACCCCCCUUCAAGGAGUAUGAUGACUAUGCAACAACUGACAUGUGUUUGGAAGGCAUCAAACUCUCGAUAAAAAUAUCUGCUACUUUCGGAAAUGACUAUGCUAGAGCUUCUUUCGUGGGGGCACUAGUUCAGUUUGCAAAUCUCCAAAAUCUAGAGGAAACCAAGAUCAAGAACAUCAAUGCUAUUAUAAUUCUUCUCGAGCUCGCCUUAACGGAAGGUAACUUUCUCAAAAGUUCGUGGAAAGACGUUUUGUUACUCGUUUCACAGGUAGAGAGGUUGCAGUUGAUAUCGAAGGGUAUCGAUGGGCAGUCCCUACCUGAUGUGAAGCAAGCCAGACUAGCCAACAACAGGAGCUCGUUCGAUUCCACGAGGUCAGCGUCAAUGGGAUUUUUCGAGAGAUGGACCAAGAAAUCUACGCCAAUUGAACUUGCACAAGAAAAGCAUCAUAAUCAAAUUCUAUCGCCUCAGAUUUCAAAGCAUAUUUCGUCAAGUCAACUGGUACUCUUGAUUGAUCGAAUUUUUACAAACAGCUCGAACUUGACAGGCAGUGCCAUUGUUGACUUCAUAAAAGCUCUCACCGAGGUUUCUUUUGACGAGAUAGAUUCUUCUCACAAUGCAGCUAGUCCAAGGAUGUUUUCGCUACAAAAAAUGGUCGAUGUCUCCUAUUACAAUAUGAAUCGUAUUAGAGUUGAGUGGACGCCAAUUUGGGCGGUAAUGGGAGAAGCUUUCAAUAAAAUUGUCACAAACUCAAACUUGGCUGUGGUUUUCUUCGCCGUGGAUUCCCUUCGCCAGUUAUCCAUGAGGUUCUUGGACAUUGAGGAAUUGACAGGAUUCGAGUUUCAACUCGAUUUUCUAAAGCCUUUCAGAUACGCUACCUAUCACACGACAAAUCCCGAUGUCCAAGAAAUGUGCAUCGAGUGCUUCAAAAAUUUCAUACUUACAAAAUCAUCGAAGAUCAAGUCAGGAUGGAAACCGAUUUUAGAGUCUCUCAAGUUUACUGCGAAAUCGUCCCAUGAAACCAUUGUGAUGAAAACUCACCAGUUAGUGGCUAAUGAUAUUGUGAAAAACCACUUCGAAAGUGUUUUUGCUCAGGAUAACUCCUUCAUUGAUUUGGUCAAUGUUUUGCGAGAAAUCACAAAAAACCAGAAAUUUCAGAAGAUGUCUCUACAUUCCUUGGAGGUUUUGAAGGAAAUCAACGAGAAAGUUGCAGAAAUUUGCUUUGAAAGGAAAGACUCUGCUGACUUGCUUCACGGCAAGGAUUUAUUCCAAGAUGUUUGGUUCCCUGUCUUAUUUUGCUUCAAUGACACAAUAAUGACAGCAGAGGAUUUGGAGGUGAGAUCAAGAGCUCUAAACUACAUGUUCGAUGCUCUAGUUGCUUACGGCGGCAAAUUUGACCACAGCUUUUGGACGAGCAUAUGCACCAAAUUGCUAUUUCCUAUCUUUGGAGCAUUAUCGAAGCACUGGGAGAUCAAUCAAUUUAACAGUCACGACGAUCUAUCAGUGUGGUUUUCAACAACACUCAUUCAAGCAUUGAGAAACAUGGUCGCCCUGUUCACCCACUACUUUGACUGCCUGAAUGAUAUGCUAGACGGAUUUUUGGGGCUUCUAGUGUCCUGUAUAUGCCAAGAAAACGACACUAUUGCAAGGAUUGGUCGCUCGUGUUUGCAGCAUUUAAUAGUUCAGAAUGCGAGCAAGCUUAACGAUCUUCACUGGGAGCAAAUCACUGCUGCCUUUGGUAGUCUCUUUGAGUUGACGACCGCGAAUGAAUUGUUUGAUCUAGAUCCUUUACAUCAGGGCAGGAGGCAAUCCGAGACCAACCCACAGGCAGACAAUAAAAUUUCUGUCGAGGAGGAAAUAGCCAGAGCUCAUCAAGAGGAACAUGGAGAGGAUGUAGGCAACGCCGACACCGAGGUCGAAAAACCAUCGAAAAGGCUAGUUCAAACCAAGAGCAGCGAAAAUCUGCGGCGCACAAUUUCGACUAAAAAUGCAAUUGUCGUGAAAUGUGUCCUGCAACUGUUAAUGAUAGAAUCUCUGAGCGAGCUUUUUGAGGACGAGGGCUUUUCCAGAAACAUCCCAUACAAAGAAGCCAUCAAGAUAACGGUAAUGUUGGAGAAAACGUAUGCGUUUGCCCGUGAUUUCAACGAUGACUUUGGAUUGAGAUCGCGCAUAUUGAGUGCCCGUCUUGUUGACAGAAUUCCCAACCUUGUGAGGCAGGAAACGAGCGCAUCAGCAGUUUUGAUCAACAUUAUGUUCAGGCUCUUUUUGAAUGGUGAUAAGCAGUCGGCAGAAGAGAGGAAGUUACUGUCAGAAAGGCUGAUCUCAAUAUCGGUUCGUAUCAUUCAGAAGUACGUGAGACUCGAUGACAGAACUAUGGAGCACAUCAUUGUAUCGUGGCGCCCAGUGGUGGUAGAGAUUUUGCAGGGGUACUACGAAUUUGACGACAAGGAUUUUAAGGACAACUGUGAUGUUAUGUUCGACCUUGCCAUGCAAAUUUUAGACAAAAGCCUGUCCGCAGAUCUGAGACUUGCCCUCAAAGAAUUUUUAAGCAGGUUCGGCCAAAUAUACCUGAAGAAAUCAAAUGUGGAUUAG